AUGGAUUCAGACAAACCUCUUAUAUUAGUUGAUAUAGAUGAUUCCGGCAAGUGCUCUCUAAACGCCGAAGCCCUUGAUUUAAUCCGAAAUAUCCAAGAGCAAGUCUGUGUAAUUUCAGUAGCUGGGCUUUAUCGUACAGGAAAAUCUUAUCUCUUAAAUCGACUUAUGGGUACUCAGCAUGGUUUUGAAAUUGGUCCAAGCGUAAAUCCCUGCACAAAAGGGAUCUGGAUUUGGGGAAAAUGCCCAUUUGUGUCUAGCAAUAAGAGGCUGAUUUUAAUUGACACAGAAGGGCUUCGAUCUUAUCAAAGAGAAGAAACAAUUGAUAUGACGAUUUUUUCAUUAUCUUUGCUAUUGAGCUCUACGUUUAUCUAUAAUUCAAUGGGUGCAAUUGAUGAGCAGGCUAUUGAAGAUUUAUCGUUGGUUUGCAAGCUGACCCAAUAUAUUCAUGUAAAAUCUCAAUCGGGGCAGACUACAGCUGAAUCAUAUGCACAAUAUUUCCCAAAGUUCAUAUGGGCAUUGAGAGAUUUCUCAUUACAGUUAGUAGAUAAUGAAGGAAAUUCAAUAACUUCUAAUGAAUAUUUAGAAAAUUGUUUAGAGCUUUUGCCUGGCCAAACUGACGAAAUUAAGCAGAAAAACGAAAUCCGAAAAAUUUUGACGAGUUUUUUCAAAGAAAGAGAAUGUUUUACAUUUAUUAGGCCUGUAAAUAAUGAAAAAAAAUUAAGGAAUAUUCAAGAAGUGCCUUAUGAAGAGCUUAGAGAAGAAUUCAAAACGCAAAUGAGUGAGUUUAUAGCAAGAGUCCAAGAAACUACAAGGGUAAAAAUGAUCGAUGGAGUCGCAGUCAAUGGCAAAUUAUUAGCCUCUAUGCUAGAAAUAUACGUAGACGCUAUAAACCAAAACGCAGUUCCUACAAUAUCAACUGCAUGGGAAAGGACACUUGAUAACCAAAUUAAAGAAGGCUAUAAACGGGCUUAUGAAAAUUAUAAAAAUUGUAUAAAAAGUAAGCUAAAAUCACAAAUUCCUAUGGAAGAGGUAAAACUUAAAGAAAUUGAAGGGGAGAUUAGAAAAAGCUCCUUUGGGAUUAUAGACGCAGUCCCAAUUAUAGUAUCUUUAAAAGAAGAAGUAAAUAAGCAGAAAAAAAAACUUGAAGAAAAAUUUAAUAGUAUGUUGGAAACUUUAUUAGACGAAAAUUUCAGUGAGUCAAAAAUCCAGGCUACAGCCCACUUAAAAACACUUUUUGAUGAAUUAGAAGAAAAAAUGGCGAAUUCAGAAAAAUUCAAUUGGCUGCCUGAGGAGUUUUCGAAUAUAUAUGAAAAUGCUAUACAAGAUAUACCAGGAAGUGGAGCUAUCCAUGCAAUCGCAGAAGCAUAUUCAAAAGAAGGAUCAAGAAUUGUCCAAAAAUUAAUUUCACAAUUAAAUAGAAUCCAUAGAAGUGAGAUUAAAGAAGCAAGAAAUGAGCUAGAUGAAGAAAGAAAAAGAACCAAAAUUUUAUCUGAUAAUUAUGAAAAUCAAAAAAAAGAUUUAAUGGAAAGACUGGAUUUAGAACGAAAACACUCCAGGGAGCAAAAAAAAGUGUUAGAAAAUGCGUUAGAAGACGCAAGAAUUGCUAUAUCUGGGAAUAGUCAAGAGUUUGGGCAAAUUCAGAGUAAGCUGAGGGAAGAAAAUAUGGACUUGAGGAACGAAAUUAAUGCAUUGAAAAAUAAAAUUGUGGAUAAAAGGCAUGGAGUUAAAGAAGCAAAUGCAGCAGAAAUUCAGACGUUAACAUUAGCAUUGAUUAAAGAUUAGGGCUCUUCCUCCUUUUAUGUCUCACCUGAGACGAGUCUUCGUAGAAGACUUGUUAAUCUGCUAGCGAACCUCCCUGGGUAUGUCAGCAUUUCUACCAGAGAUAGGCCUGAUUCUUAAUGCUGUUUUGGAGCUUUGGAGUAUGCAGGUUUGGGACUUGACGGCUGCUGUUUGAGUGACUAGAGUUCCAUCUAGGGGUAAACUACCUAGCUAGUAUCUAUAUAAUCCUGAAUCUUUAGGGAUUUGGCUUUGAGCCAAAAUUGUAAGGCAAAACCCAGCUGAAACAUAAAUAUCCAGUAUGUUUCCUGCUCAGUUUGACAUCAGGCCACAGCAAGGUCCCCAAACCCGAAGCAGGUCCAGAGAGGACGGGUCAGAGACGUCGCCAUUUUAUUUGUUUAACAGUAAUUCAGACACUUAGGGAAAUUUUAAAUGAAUUUGAGCAGAUGAAACAACAGAAAAUCCAGUUGGAGCAGCAGUUAGAUUAUGAAAUGAAAAUAACUCGUAAGCCCUAAUUAGAAACUGAGAAGUCAGCCCAGAAGCAGCUUUUAGAAGCCAAAAGGAUGAGUGACCAAGCUUUAAUGAAGCUUAAAAAAAGCUACGAAUUAGAACUUCAGAGCUUAAAAGAUGACAAAAUCGCCUUAGAAAUGAAAUUAAAAGACCUUGCCAGAGAGCUAACCCAGCGAGAUAUGCAAAUCAAGCUGAUAAAAGAAAAAAUGCGAGGCAGAGAAAACGACCAAAAACUUAGACUGGAGCACUCAGAUCUCCUUAUCAGUGUCAGCGAUUUAAUUCUUAAAUUCUUACAGAGGCUAGAAACCGGCAAAGGUGGAGACUUACGAGAAGAAAUCGAUUUACUCCAAGAAAGAGCAUCAAGGCUUUCUGCUCCAAGAUAUUAG